AUGGAAAGCCAACCUCUCCCCGAGGCGACGACCUCUCCCUUCACCGCCAACCAACAACGUACUCCCAUUGGUUCUAAUUUCGGACCAACUGUUCUUCCAGUGCGUUCUUUCAGACCGCCUUUGGCAGAACCGCCCAAAAAAGCAGCCAAGUUUGCUGCUCCCCGCGCUGAGGGCACCGCAAAGAUGUCGAAGGAAGCUCAACUCUCCAUUGCGGAGCGUGACUUCAUUGUUGAGGCGCUCCGUGAAAAUGUGCGGCUUGAUGGCCGUCAGCCUACGGAUUUUCGUCCCGUAGAUAUCUCAUUCGGAGAAGAAUAUGGCCAUGUGAAGCUGCAACUUGGCAAGACAAGCCUUGUUGUUCGAAUUUCUGCGGAGGUCACUAAGCCCCGCGACGAACGUCCGUUUGACGGACUGUUCAACAUCAACCUGGAACUCACUUCCAUGGGCUCUCCCGCCUGGGAGAAUGGACGCUCGAAUGACCUUGAGGCGUCUGCCACUAACACCCUUGACCGCGUCAUUCGUCACUCCAACGCUCUCGAUACCGAGUCUCUCUGCAUCAUUAAAGGCGUCAGCUGCUGGAGUAUUCGUGCCGAUGUGCAUGUGCUUGACUACGAUGGAAACCUUACUGAUGCAGCCUGCAUUGCCAUCAUGACCGGACUGCAACACUUCCGCCGGCCGGAUGCUGUGGUCAAGGAUGGCCGAGUCAUUGUCUACGCAGUUGAGGAGCGUGUGCCUGUUGCCCUCAACAUCACCCACAAGCCUCUUUCAAUCACUUUUCACACUUUCAACGAGAGCAAGAGUGUCGUUAUGGACGCUACCCUCAAGGAGGAGCAGGCAUCUGAGGGAGACCUUAUCAUCGGACUCAACAGUGCCGGCGAGCUCUGCUACAUGUCCAAGAUGGAAGGUGGCCCAGUUGAUCCUAUGCUCAUUGUUUCCCAGACCAGUCGAGCCUGGGAGAAGGUUAAGGAGCUCAACAUCAUUAUCGAAAAGGUUCUUCGGACUGAUCUGGCCAAGCGGGCCAAGGUUGGCAUGGCUGAUGAGUCGCGCGCUGAGAACGACCGGUUGAUGGCAACCGAAUGA